UUACACUUCUGGUCUGUAAUUUCAUACAGUGGGAUUAAACACCGUGGUUGAGCAUUACAACACAAGUUGCGGAUAAUAAUCGACUUCCCAAAGCAUAUUCAUCCAGUGUUCAUCAGCUCACUCUAAUAGGUAACAUCACACGCCAUUGUGUAUACUACUGUUGAUUUCAAAAGUGCGAUAGCAUGACGGAUUUGAUUGUCAAUGCGAAAUGUCUGGCAUACCAUGGGCCUUUGCUCUACGAAGCCAAGAUUGUAAAAGUUCACGAACCUGGCGAAGACGUUGUUCAGACAAAAGACGGUGAAGAGCCAGUCAAGUGGGAUGAGAUCCCUGAGGAGUUGAAAAAUGACAAGACUUAUUACAUUCACUACAAAGGCUGGAAAUCUUCGUGGGAUGAGUGGGUAGAUAUCUCCAGACUUAAAGAGCUAACACUGGACAACUUGCAAUUGCAGAAAAGCUUGAAGAAGGCAGCAUUGACCAGCACGUCGAGUGUGUCAGCAACAAAUAGUAAGAGAACGCUAAACGUUUCAAAGUCGUCGACAUCCACUGCAUUGGUCACAAGAGCCAACAGAAGACGUCACGACAUGGAUAUGGAGACGGAGGAGGAGUACUUGAGGAAACCAGAGAUCAACAUUCUGAUUCCCGAUACUCUGAAAUCAUUACUGGUGGAUGACUGGGAACUGGUCACGAAGGAACAUCAACUACUAUCACUACCCACAAAGCCAAAUGUGGAUUCACUGCUAAGGACCUUUAGACAAUCGUUAGGAAGGAAAAGCUCGGUGGAGAAUGAGAUCCUGGAUGAGUUCUUGUCAGGAAUGAGAAUAUACUUCAACAGAUCCCUGGGGAACAUCUUACUGUACAGAUUUGAAAGACAACAAUACUUGGAGAUUACAAAGGACCCAAAGCUCAAAGAUCAGGAACCUAGUCAAAUAUAUGGAGCUGAACAUUUGCUGAGAUUGAUGGUUUCUCUUCCUGCAUUGAUUGCACAGACAACCAUGGACCAACAGAGCGUUGGAACAUUAAAGGAUCACAUUGAACAACUCUUGAACUAUCUCGAUAGGAAUAAAAAACUCUUCUUCUUAAAACGUUAUGAAAACGUUACGCCGGCAUACGAGGCAUUAUCAAAAAACGUCUGAAGAACACACCAAAGAGAGCAAAUCAUCAUUGGAUACUACAUCACAAUCAUAAAUUCAGCAUUAGAAUGUUAAUGUAAAUUUGUAUACAUAAAUAUAUGCUAACUGUGUAUGUUGGA